GAUCAAACAGAAGAAGCAAAACAGGUUGAAAUUAAUUCCAAUCAUAGAAUGUAUUAUCCUUUGUGGAAGACAGGAGAUUUCACUCAGUGGACAUAGAGAUUUUGGCUCAAUCAAGUUUAAUAAUGAGUCUGACGGUAAUAAUUCUAAUUUGAAUGAAGGUAAUUUUCGAGAUAUUUUAAAAUAUAAAGCUAAAGACAUAGAUUAUUUAAAAAAUCAUCUAGAAUCUGAGUCUCGAAACAAAUACAUCAGUCCUCAGAUACAAAAUGAAAUUAUUACAAUAUGUGCUGAUGAGACAGCAGAUGUGUCAGUUAAGGAACAGCUUACCCUGUGUGUUCGUUUUGUUAAUGGUACUGGAGAAAAUGCUAAGUUAUGUGAUUUUUUUUUGAAGUAUGUUGAAGUACAUAACUUAACUGGUCAGCAUUUGGCUUCGACUAUUCUUGAAGGUUUAAAUUCUUGUGGAAUUGACUGCUCUAAAAUGUAUGGCCAAGGUUAUGACGGGGCAAGUAAUAUGUCAGGGAAAUUUAAAGGAGUACAGACUAUAAUACGAAAUAAGUAUCCUAGAGCAUUAUAUGUUCACUGUGCUGCUCAUACAUUGAAUUUGGCAGUGUUUUCAUCGUGUGAACAACAAUCUAUUAGGAACUAUUUGGGUGUAAUAGAAAAAAUGCAUUGUUUUUUUAACACACCUAAACGUCACAGUAUACUAUUGGAAGCUAUUGCUAAUAGUGAUCUUAAUCCAUCAUCUAAAUCAUUAAAGCGUUUGUGUGCGACACGUUGGGUAGAGAGGUAUACUGCUGUCAAUGAUUUUGUUGAACUUUUUCCAUGUGUUGUUGAAGCAUUGGACAAAAUAUCAACCACGUUUAAUGAUAAAUCAUCAACUGACGCCAGUAUGUUGGUAAAAUCCAUGGAUUCCGAGUUUUUAAUUGCUCUUCAAAUUGUUAAGGUGGUAUUUUCUUAUGGUUUACCUUUGUGUAAAUGUUUUCAAAAAAAUGAUAUUGACUUGAAAGAAGCCGUACAGUUAGCAGAGUGCAAUGUAUCUAUGCUUGAGGAUUUGAGACAAAAUAUUGAAAAAGAAUUUAAAUCAAUGUAUAACGAAGCUGAG